AUUUCUCUCUCUCUCUCUCUCUCUCUCUCUCUGUAUCGCUCACACUUUCUCUUUUUCUUUCUAUCUCUCUAUCUCCUUAUUUCCAUUUUUUCUCAUGCUCUCUCCAGCAAACUUUUCUCUCUUUAACGUUUGGCACACAACGAAACAGAAAUUUUAUAGAGACUCCGAUAUAUCGUACGCAUGAUUUUUCGCAUCGCGUUCGCGCGAACUCUUCUUAUUCUCAAUAAAAUACACACACGUGCGCACGCGCGCGCUCGUAUAUACACCGCAUAUACACAUACGCAUAUCCAACACAUAGAGCUGCACGAAGCAAAAAUCGAGCUGUGGACUGUAUCUAGUACUACAAGAGAAACGUCGGAGAGAAGAUGGAUCGAACGUCAAAGUUACUUUUACGGAAAAUCAUCAUCGACUUUGUGUGCUUACUUAUAGUUAGUCUAGCGGUUUUAAUGUUCUUCCUCUUUGGUAAGCCAUACAAGCGUGGGUUUUUCUGCAAUGAUGAAUCAUUGAUGCAUCCAUACCAUUCGUCCACGGUUACUAGUGCGAUGCUCUACGUCACUGGCCUCUUCCUUCCUAUAUGUACGAUGAUCGCAGGUGAGUAUUUAUAUGGAAGACAAUAUUCUACCGAAUCGUCGAAAAUACUCUUUGGAUACACGAUUCCACCUUGGCUUUGGAUGGCUUACAUUAAGGUUGGAGUUUUCGGAUUUGGAGCAGCAACAACAGUUUUGGUGACGGACGUUGCCAAAUACACGAUCGGUCGAUUGAGACCACAUUUUAUGACACUCUGCGUACCAGACAUUAAUUGCAGUUUGCCUGAAAAUCAGUUCAGAUAUAUCCAGAAUUUCUCUUGUACCGCACCAGGCAUUUCGCCGAAAUUACUUAAGGAAAUGAGAUUAUCUUUUCCUUCGGGGCACUCCUCGUUUUCAGCCUACACGAUGAUCUACCUUGCCAUUUACUUGCAGCUAAGAAUUACAUGGAGAGGUAGCAAAUUAUUGAAGCAUAUGUUUCAACUUGUAUGCAUCUUUAUGGCAUGGUUUACGGCAAUGUCAAGAAUUUCCGAUUAUAAACAUCAUUGGAGCGACGUUCUUGCCGGAUCGACUAUCGGUACCAUUGUUGCUCUUAUCGUGAUAUUCUGCAUAGCUGAUCUCUUCGAGGAAAGACGAAGGAGCUGUCGGGUGGAAAAGCAACGAACGGGGGACUACGAAGCAACGGAAGCUGGUACGCAGGUGAAUAAUGGCAAUGCUAAUCACAAUCGUUGACCUAACGAGAUCGCUUGUCGCUGAUCGCAACAAGGCCGUGACUGUCUUCUAGUUAUCUCCGGGAAGCUAGUGUGCUCUCGGGAAAACGAAACGUCGAAUUUGCUAGUGUCGGCCUUGAGGAUGCACCCAUCAUCCUUCGGGACCUUUUAGUUCAGCUGCCUUACAACCGGGACUGCUCAUAUGCAGUUCUUCUCUCAUCUGGAAGGCCUUCUCUCUGUUUCUAUCUCUCUGUUUCUUUCUCGCUCCAUGCAACAUAUGCUGCCAAUCGGACAAGAUAAAAAGCUGCUAAAGGUCUUUUGUGAUCCAUCUAUCAUCCAUCCAUUCUCAUUUUUCUCCACGCUACCAACCAUACGGGAGGAGAACUUUUAAAUAUUUGUUUUAUUUAAACUUUUAAAUCGUCUUGCUUGCGCUUCGGUCAUGGAAGUUCUUUUGAACGAUUUCGAAUUUGUGCAAUAUCAGUUUUGUUUUUGUUACAAUGCUCGUGAAUUAGCGGUCGUUACGAUCAUCCGAAUAGAUAUACCUAUUUGUUCCUUUACAUAGUAUAUAAAUUAGUAUAUAUAUAUGUAUGUGUAUAUCGAUGGAAUGUAGAAAUAUCUCUAUUUAAUAGAAUGUACGCUAAUUCUCGAACUUUUACUUUUAAAAUAUUCGCACAUAUUUAGUUAUGAAGUAAAAACUUCAUACAUAAUGCGAGGCAAGAACAUACCGUUUUUUUAUUUAUGUUAAAUGUAUCUAGCUUCUUCGCCAAAACAUAUUUAAAUUGAUAACAGAUAAAGAUAAAAUAUCUUUAUUCUAUGAUCAAAAGGUUGUUAUCGACUUAGGAGAAGAGGCUGAUGACAUACUACUGGGCAGACAUUGUAACUACACGCGUACCUAUUAAUAAGAAGUUGACAGAACCGAAUUAAUUUUUUCGGUCAAUAUGCAUAUAUAUAUUUACUUCUUGUUAAUUCUUAUUUAUUUAAAAAAGCAAAGUUUUAUGAUGAAUAACUAUGACUUUAUAACUUGGAAAACACCGUGUAUUUCCUAUCUGUGUAAAUAUUUUCUCAGAAAAAGGACAAUAUUAUGACCUUAGAGCAAAUUUUCAAUGGCGUCAAUUAAGAAAAGUUAGUCUGUAGAUAAAUAUUUUUUUUUCAAUAAUGUUAAAUUGUUAGCAUGAUUAGUACGUUCAUAGAACUUGUGAUGUACGUCUUGCAGUGCAUAGAUGUGUAUGAUGAUCAUACAUGCACGAUCCAUGCUACUUAAAUAUGAAAAAUAUUCUGUAGUAUCGACGAUACAUACAUAUUACAAUGGUGCUUUAGAUUUGUUACAUAUACAGCUAUGCUGUAUUCUUGUAUCUGAAAGUAUUUCAUAAUUAGAUGUAUCUUAUGUAUAUGUAAGAGAAUCCUCUAUAUUUACAUACAUUCAAAGAUUUUUAUUUAUUCUAUAAAUACCUUAAUGUAGAAUAGAGUUUGGAUUUACAUAUGCAUUUGAUAUAUUAUAAAUUAUUAAGUUUAUAGAUUAUAAAAGGGCUCUAUAUUUCUUCUACGUAGAAGAUACUGUUAUUUCGGAUGACAGUUAUAUAACAUCCGUAAUAUUAGGUCCUAAUUUGUUAAUUUAUGUUAAUUUAUAUUAGUCAAAUUGUAAACUCUAUACUGUUAUUUCCAUGCUUGAAUAAUACGUUACUUAUAUUUUAUAACAUUAUAUGUGAAUUUUCUAUAAAACAUUUACAAUUAACAGUUUAAAAUUAGAAAAUAAAAUAAAAAAGUAUCGAUAGAUAAUAAAUAAAAAAAGGAAAGAAAAAAAUCCAAUUUCGUUACAAGAAUCUAUGUAUUAUUUCUGGAUGUUAUAUUACAAUGCUAUACGCUAUACAGUGUAUUCAAAUCGAUAUGAUUAUAAAGGUUGCCUAUUCGUGAUCAGAUAUAUUGAAUAGCACUGAAUUAAGGCGAAAGUAACCGUGCACACAAGACCAAUGUAAUAUAUUUCAAUAAUAUUUAUUCUUAACUUACUAUAACGCGACAAAAAUAACGUAACUUUUUCGCAAGAGUUUACAACAGAUUCGUAAAGAGAGUAAAUUAUCUACACCAUUGAAUGAUGUAGAAAAUAAAAAAAUGGUGAAUAUAAA